AGAACUCCAAGUAUGGUUGGAUCGGAACUGAUACCUACACGAAUUUCGGCCAGCAUGAUAUUUUUCAGCAUGUUGUGUUAAUUUCUAAGGGAUCUCCUCUGGAUUUGUUUAUUCGAUUAUUAUUUUGAAUUGACUUUAAAAUACUUUAACAGGAGAUCAGAGGUAUUGUGUCUCUUGCAGAAAGUAACGUUAGGUAAAUUAUGGGUGCUGCGUUGGGAACCUUGACUAGUUGGGUAAGUCGGUUUACUUUUUUAUGUAUGUAUAUAUAUAUAUAUAUUCACAUUUUGUUCAGACUGUAAUAUAAUGAAACUUUUGACAAAUCAAAGAAAAUUUAUUAAUUUAGUAAUGAAAGCAGGACAGGUCAAGAAAAUCACCUGUUACUUACGCUCGUGCUUAACUGGAUUAGUCAUAUUGUUUCCUCUAACAGUCAGCAGUGGAUCAGUUCAGUUACGUCACGUCAGUUACGUGUACAGUGUAUAUCGAAAUAGUUCACAGGUCUUUAAAGAGUAUUCUAGAUUUUUAAAAAGACAUAUUCUAGAGAACUGCUUUUAUUUCUGGUGUAUUCUAGUGUUGCCCUUAACAUCAAGCACAUGGUUUAGCUGCAUGCGUUGUGCACAUGACUUCUCAAGGUGACAGUAUUAAGUUGUUUACAACAGACUGAGCUCAGAUCUUACAUCAGCUGCUUUAAAUCUUACUGUCUAAUUCAUAAAAUCUCUUUGCCUGUUAGACCUCCUGCUGCUGCUGUAACAUUAACAUCUAUCCAUUCCAUAUCCUGUGUGUAAGUAUGUUAAAGUUUCUUGCCUUUGCAAUUGUGCAGCAUGUCUUAGAUGCAGAUGCUGCCCACAGAUCAAGAAGUCUAUUGUAACCCGAAUCAUGUAUGCCUUCAUCCUUUUGCUUGGCACCAUCAUUGCCUGUGUCAUGUUGUCACCUGGUGUUGAACAACAGCUUAAAGGAAUCCCUGGUUUUUGUAAUGGAGGAGCAGGAUCCAGUAUACCAGGAAUUGAGGCCAAUGUUCAGUGUGAGAUUUUUGUUGGUUAUAAGGCUGUGUAUCGGGUUUGUUGUGGCAUGAGUUUGUUCUUUCUCACAUUCUCCCUGCUCAUGAUCAAUGUGAAGAACAGCCGAGAUCCCAGAGCUGCAAUCCACAAUGGGUUCUGGUUUUUCAAGUUUGGAGCCAUGGUUGCUGUCACUGUUGGUGCCUUUUAUAUUCCAGAGGGGCCUUUUACCCGAAUGUGGUUUAUUGUGGGAAGCUGCGGAGCAUUUUGUUUUAUCCUGAUUCAGCUAGUUUUGCUUAUUGACUUUGCCCACUCGUGGAAUGAGUCCUGGGUUGAUAAAAUGGAAAAAGAAAACAGAAAGAGGUGGUAUAUAGCUUUGCUGUCAGUAACAGGAGUGAACUAUAUUCUGUCCUUCACGGCUGCAGUUCUCUUCUAUAACAUCUAUACUCAGCCAGAAGGAUGUGUGCUUAACAAGUUCUUCAUCAGCUUCAACAUGUUAUUAUGUGUCAUUGCUUCUGCUCUGUCUGUUCUGCCCAGAAUUCAGGAAUAUCAGCCCAGAUCUGGUCUUCUUCAGUCAUCCAUUAUGACUUUGUACACCAUGUACCUUACCUGGUCAGCCAUGACCAAUGAGCCAGACCGCAUAUGCAACCCGAGUCUGAUCAGCAUCUUUCAGCAGAUCACGUCCUCCACAGUCACCCCACUGGAGAUCGAGAACCAGACUGCUGUCAUCAUUGUAGACAUAGAGGAAAUUGUGCCAUCUGCCCCAUAUUUGCAGUGGUGGGACGCUCAAAGCAUUGUCGGAUUGGCCAUUUUCGUUCUCUGCAUUUUGUAUUCAAGUAUACGCUCUUCCAAUACCAGUCAAGUUAAUAAACUAACCUUAGCAGCUAAAGAUAACACAGUCGUGGAUGAAAGCUGCACAGUAAGUCCUGAGAUAGCAGAAGAGGUUACAACACCAAUUGUGGAGGACAAUGAAAGAGACACUGUUCAGUACAGCUAUGCUUUCUUUCAUUUCAUGCUGUUUCUGGCAUCCCUUUACAUCAUGAUGACUCUCACCAACUGGUACAGUCCUGAUGCAGACUACAAUGCCAUGACAAGCAAGUGGCCAGCAGUGUGGGUGAAAAUCUCAUCAAGUUGGGUCUGUCUCACAUUAUACACCUGGACUCUGAUCGCUCCUAUGAUUCUCACCAACAGAGACUUUACCUAGAUGCAUUUCUGCAGUACACCUUUAAAAAUAAAGGUUCCUUAUUAGCAUCGAUGGAUCCAUGAAGAGCCUUCAACACCUCCGGGGAAAUCUUUCCAUUGCACAAAGGGUUCUUAUAGAAGGAAAAAGUUUAUUGAAUAAUUAUUCACAUUGAAGAAAAAAAAAAAUACUUCUUUUAAGAACUUAACUGAAUGGUUCUAUUCCUACAGAAUCCACCUUUUAAAACAUUUUGUAAGAGUGUAAUGUUCUACAGCCUUGAUGCUAUUAUGAAAAUACUUUGUUUUUUGUUUAUAUGAUUUAUUAUUUUAUUUAUUUAUUUAUUUUUUUAAUUUAUUAGGAUUUUAUUUUUGGACCAUUUUGCCUAUGAACCUAAGCAUGUGGUUAGGAUGUUCUCUUGUGCCUAGUUUUUUUUUUUUUUUUUCCCCAUAUCACCUUAUGGCUUUAGAUAAAACUUUUUGAUUAUGGUGCAUUUGUAUUUUUGAUUUACACUGAGGAAAAAAGUUUUUGUUUCUUCUGUUGGUCAGGCUAAAUCUGCUGAUCUUUGUAUUUUUGUAUCUUUACUGCAUGUUUUGUUUUAUAUAAAAAAAUGCUAUAUUUUCAUUGUAAAUCGUAAAUACAUUAUUUCUGAUACAACCAGAGGCAGUAAUGCAACAUUGAGAAUGCAAAUAUAUUUUGGAUAACUAUCACGUUUUUGUACAACAGAAAAAUUCUGAUAUCAUGUAGCCUACUACGUGUUAGCGAAUAAACAUUGUAAAUACAUUCUUAAAUAUA